AUGAAUGAUUGGAGCGCCCGCGACAUUCAAAAAUGGGAUGGUGCCCUUGGCGGCCUUGAAGCCGUACCGAGCUUUGGACCCGCUCAGAAAGACCCAAAACCGCUGCCAUAUCUUUCGGACCCAAACUAUGCUCACGGUACUUAUGACAUCAAGUUGAACGUCUCGAUUAAGCCAGAAGGUUCCAAUCAAGCCUAUACUGUCACAAAAGAGUAA